AUGUCAAAUGUUCGUGUUUCAAAUGGGAGCCCUACGUUUGAAAGGACCGAUGCUCGGUUUUCGGAUCACCCCAAACCGUCAGCCUGCAGAAACCUUUUCGGCCGGGUUGAUCACGAAGAGUUAAAGAGGGAUUUAAAGGGACAUUUGCUAGAGAUGGAAGAGGCGUCUUCAGCGAAAUGGAACUUCGAUUUUUCAAGUCACACACCGUUAUUGAACGGGAGAUUCGAAUGGGAAUUAGUGGAUAGUAAAGACAUUCCACAUUUCUACAGCAAAACUCAACGAUCGGUUAAGGGCCUUUGCCCCUCUGGGAAUAACAAUGUGGAUCUUAAUGGGAAUAGUUGUGUGGUGGUGACUCCUCGGCAGCCCUCUGAAAACACAGAAAGGUCGGAGAGCAAAGAGCAGUGCACCGGGCAGAGAAAAAGACCAGCCAGCCAUGGUACGCGUUUAUGAAUGAUGAUAAAUUCUAAUCAUGAUAUCAGUCUGUCUGCUUUGUCUUUCUGCCUUCUGGCAAUUUUUCCGGUGCUGGCCCAUUCACUGAUGUAAUUUGUAUCAGCCAGGCUCGACGUUGUAACCUUGUAGUAUACUGUUUGUUUGCUACAUAGUCGAAAGUUACCAGUUAGAUGACCCACUUUAUCAGUUAUUCUAAAUAAAAGCGUUACAGCAAUUAUUCUCAUCGUUUUCAGUAGGCUUUACUGGUAGCAUAUGACUGCCUACUUGUCAGGUUGUGAAGGCAUAGGAUCUGAUAAGCAAAUCACUAAAGAUGGAAAAAAUGUAACGCUAUUCGCGAUACUUAAUUUUCGAGAAUAUCAUUUUGACCUAUAUAACGUUAUAUUUAACUUUUUGAUUUCUCUUCCAGACCCCUCGUCCCAAAAUAAAAGGUCACACAGCAGUUCGGAUGAAGUUACUCGUUGCCCAGCCUUGGCGCAUUCUGUAGAACAUACACCCAGGAAAACCAGUCCCAGGACUCAAACGUGA